GGAACGAGAAGAGAUCGUCGAGAAGCUGUCUCGACUGUGGACUCCUGUUUUCCCCAUUUCGUAGUAUUCGACCGCGUGCUCUUCGUACUCUCUCAUUCUCCCGUGCGGAAAGAUCCCAACGCCGCGACAACGUAUAUUCUAUGACAGAGUCUGCCGUGAAUUUUCGCGAGGGAGGGGUUCCGGGUAUUCACGCGGGGAUUUCCACGUGCAGAAAUAGAGAUUAUAGCGCAAAAGGUUCGACCGAGUGAAUAUUACGUCCGGGUCCAACCCGUUGAAAAUUUAGUUUCUACGUGUGUGCGUGCCAGGCCAAGUGAAUAUCAAUUCAUUACGCUCCUUAAACUCCACCGGUCUUUAUUAUUAUUUUCACGAGGAAACGAAAAUUCAGAAUUUCUCUAAGGGAAAAGUUAUUAAGAGUGGUGAUCCGUAGAAUCUUCGCAUCAAAUGUGUUCCGAUUGCUGAUUCGUUUUUCGGGCAUCUCUGAAAAGUUACCGUAAAAAUUCAAGAAUGGAGACAAAAUUUUGGCUGAAAAUUUUAUUCAGCAUCGUUCUACUGAGCGGUGGACAAGCCGCGCCACGAACGCUAAGGAUCGGUGCAAUAUUUCACAAAGGCGAUGAGGAACAAUACAAAGCUUUCACGGAGGCCCUGGCGGUACUAGACUCCGAAGAGAUCGCACCGUCGUUCGUUCUGGAGCCAGUCGUACGAUGGGUUAACGUCAGUAACGACAGUUUCAAGACCGGUUUGCUUGCAUGCGAGUUGAUCGGUUUGGAAAUCGUCGCGAUAUUUGGUCCCAGAAAUCUGUACACACGGGGAAUCGUAUCAAGUACGGCUGCCAGAUUUGAUAUUCCACAUAUCGAGUACGCUUGGCGGAGUGUCGAAGAAUCAGAGACUCCAGCCACGUCAAUAAAUUUUUAUCCGGAUGGAGCCAAAAUAUCGCAGGCAAUUGCUGAAACACUAAAGGCCUUGGUUUGGAAGCAGUUCACAGCAAUUUACCAAACCAACGCUGGCCUCUCGAGGAUUCAAAACGCCUUGGCGUUGCACGGGCCAACGGACAAUCCUGUAACUGUACGACAAUUGAAAACUGUUCUGGACAACAAUAACGAACCUGAAUACAGACCUUUGUUCAAAGAGGUGGCAAAUUCCUCCGAUUACAAUAUCUUGCUGGACGUCGAGCCGGAGAACCUUUCAGAGGUUCUGAAGCAAGCGAGAGAAGUCAAACUUUUCGGCGAAUAUUAUCGGCACUUCAUCACUGGCUUGCACCCUUCGUCGUCGGAGCUCUUGGCAAUCAUGAACACCACGGAUUCGAACGUCACCUUUUUCCAGAUACUGACAGACGAAUCGUAUGGUUUUAAUUCGGUCGAAAGUUGCUGCCUCUUCGAUUCCGUUUUCAUUCUUCAUCAAGCGCUCGAGGCGCUGAAUGACCGAAUUUCUAAUGGAAAUGGCGACGAAAAAUCGCAAAUACAGAUCGUGCCUCCCCGAUUAACCUGCAGUCAGCCAGAAAAGUAUUCGGCUGGACCGAAUAUUACGAAUCUCAUGCGUGAAAUAGCCAAAGAAGGCAGAUUAACAGGUUUGAUGACGUUCAAAGAGAAUGGUCGAAGAGGAUUUAAUCUGACGAUAAAAGAAACCGCAAGAAAUCUCAUAAACGUGACUGGUUGGUGGGAUGACGGACACCUAAAAUUGGUGAGGUCGCAACAGGAACGCAGCGCAGGAGUUUACAGAAGCUUGGAAGGCAAAGAAAUGAUAGUUACGACAAAACCGGGCGAGCCGUACGUCAUGGAAAUGACCGGGCCCGGUCCGAAAGGUGUGACGAUCGAUAAUAAACAAUAUCACGGAUACUGCAUCGAUUUGAUUGAGGAAAUAGCGAAAGAAUUGAAAUUUACGACUAAAUGGGAAAUCGUAAAGGAUUUACAGUACGGAAAAUAUGAUCCCGAAACGAAACAGUGGAACGGUCUAAUGAGACGACUUCUCGAUCACCAAGCUGAUUUGGCGAUUUGCGAUUUGACGAUUACUCAAGCCCGUGAAAGCGUUGUUGACUUUACAAUGCCUUUUAUGAAUCUGGGAAUAAGUAUACUUUUCGCUAAACCUGAGGAAAAAGUGCCAGAACUAUUUUCUUUUCUUUCGCCUUUUUCUACUGACGUGUGGAUGUACAUGGCCACUGCUUUUCUAGCAGUUUCAGUGAUGCUCUUCAUGCUUGCCAGAAUGGCUCCGGGCGAAUGGGUCAGUUCUCAUCCCUGUGCAACCGACCCGGAAGAGCUGGAAAACAGUUUCAACCUCAUGAAUUCGUUCUGGUUGACCAUCGGUUCCCUUAUGCAACAAGGUUCUGAUAUUCUUCCCAGGGCACCGUCGAUACGCAUGGUCGCUGGAAUGUGGUGGUUCUUCACUCUCAUCAUGGUCAGUUCUUACACGGCUAAUCUCGCUGCUUUUCUUACUGCAACGAAACAAGAUGUUACUAUCGAUAAUGUCGAACAGCUUGCGGCUCAAACGACGAUUAAAUAUGGCGCUGUUGCUGGUGGAUCAACCGCUCAGUACUUUGAGGGUUCAAACUUGUCAACUUAUCAACGCAUGUGGGCAGCAAUGCAGGAAUCAAGACCCAGCGUACUGGCUAAAAAUAAUGAGGAGGGUGUCGAUCGAGUCAAAAAAGGAAAAAGAACUUACGCCUUCCUCAUGGAAUCGACUGGUAUCGAAAACACUAUUCAAAAAAAUUGUGAUUUGAUGCAAGUGGGGGGCUUACUCGACAACAAGGGUUACGGGAUUGCUUUACCUCCGAAUUCGCCAUUUCGUACGCGUAUAAGCGAAACUAUUCUGAAGCUCCAAGAAAGAGGUAAACUUCGUGAACUGAAACAAAAAUGGUGGUCAUACGGGUCGAAAAAUUGUACGAAAGAAGGUCCUAGUGAUGCUGGAGAUUCUGGUGAACUCGGAAUGGCAAACGUCGGUGGCGUUUUUUUGGUUUUGUUAUUCGGAUGUGUGUUUUCCUUCAUAAUGGCCAUAUUCGAGUAUGUUUGGAACAUUAAGAAAAUUGCAGUCGAAGAAAAGGUCACUCUGAAAGAAGCGUUUCUGGCGGAACUCGAUUUCCUCAUGAAAUUUUGGAUUCAAACGAAACCGGUUAAAGUUACUAAAAGCAGCAGAGAUUCGAGCUCGGGCGAGGGUGGAUUUGGAAGGGCUGCUUCGGCCGCCCGAUCGAUGAUUGGAUCCUUCAGCAGAUUGGACAUACUCGACAAAUAUGACAAGGAUGAAAAUCCCAUGAACAACAAAGCCAACAAUCAUAAAAAUCCGUGAACCGAUCGAGCAGCAUUUUUAAAACUGUUUUAUUUUCCAUUUACUACCAUUUGUUUUCCAACUUGUCAUUAAAAAAACGCCGAUGCCGGAGA